AGGAUAUCAGCGCUAUCCCCUCGCAUAGGGACCUUGCCCCCUACCAUCGCGCUUUUAAGUCGACUUAUAAAAGCCGCCCAGUCUCCCCCGCACCACUUUAGUGCUGUGCCUUAAUCGACAUGUUACCAUUCAGAUACGUCGCCAUUUUUGCCCUCGUGGCCCUCGCGUCUGCUCAAGAAUAUGAGUUUUCUGCCAACCCACGACCAGCACCAGGACGUGUCCAACCAGGAUACUCCGGCCCAGCUAAUUCUGGUGCUAAACCCACUCCAGUUCCAAUUUUGAAGCAGAUCAACAGACAUAAUGAAGAUGGUUCCUACACUUAUGGCUAUGAAGGUGCGGAUGGUUCCUUCAAAAUUGAAACCAAGAACCCAACUGGUGAAGUAAAGGGCAAAUAUGGUUACGUUGAUGAUACUGGUAAAGUGCGUGUCGUUGAAUACGGAGCAACUAAAUAUGGAUUUGAACCUUCCGGUGAAGGUAUUACCGUUGCUCCACCUACCUUAGUCGAUGAAUCCACUGACAAGAAUGGUCUUCCUGUUCAAUACGGAGAAGAACCCGUACAACGCCCACAACAAGUCCAUCGUCCAGUGCAAUACAAACCAGCUCCAGUCCAAUACGCUCAACCUGCUCCACAGCACUCUCCAGCCCCAGUACCCCAACGUAUUCAAGUACCUGGAGCUCUUUCUGCUGGUCCAUCUGCUUCCUUUGAAUUUGGCACUGGUGGUCGUAGCUUUGCCUCAGCUCCCCAAGCUCACACUCGUCCUCAACUUUCUCUAUCUGCUUACGCCAGCCCUGCUCCAAUUGAAGAAGAUACUUAUGAAGCUACUCCCAGCCCUAAGAUUACCUAUGCUCAACCACGUCCACAACCACAAGCUUUCCAAUUUGCUUCUAGCCCAGCUGCCACUCAAGCUAUCACCAGACCACAAUAUACUCAGUAUCAACCUGCUCCUCAACCAAAAUACCAGCCACAAACAGCUCCUCAGCAGUAUCAACCUGCCCCACAACAAUACCAACCACGCCCAGCUUCUCCAUCUGGUCGUGUUGGUGGUGUUCUUGACCAGUUGGCCAAGGACUACGCGCUGCCAUCCAACGCUGCUGCUCCAUUGCACGAUAUCAGCUUUGGCUAUUACUAAACUAACAUCAAACUGGCAUCCUCGGGAUCUCAAAGAAGAUGCAUAUAUAGUGUUAAUGUUAAGGACCAAGAACUAAGACUCUAAACUUGCCCAGGUGCUGACUAGUCACCUAAACGGAAUUUUAUGGAAUAAACUUUAGAAAUGAGUGUCCCAAGCUAUGAAGAGCAAGAGUAGAAUCGAAAUUACACUGUGACAAAUGUUUGGAUGAUAUUUUAGAAGAAAAUUCACAACUACUUUUAAUUUGGUUUCUGCAAAUUAAAUUUAGUUUUAAAUGUUUUGGCUUCUUAACAAAUUAUUAACGGAUUUGAAAAUAUUUAAAGAAUGUUGUUAUCUAUAUUCUAUUAUCUAUAAAUCUAUAUGAUUGUUUCCUAUAAUGUGUAUGUUAUAAUUUUUGAUAUGCAAACUGAAGCUGAAGCUUUGUUAUAAUGUUCUUUAUAUGAUCUUGAUACACAAAUAAUUACGUAUUAUUUAUAGAACAUAAAAUAUGGAAAAUCAUAAUGGACUGUAAAUAAACACAAUAAAAAUUAACGAAAGAAAGAACCAAAAAA